AUGCAAAAUAAUAUUAAUAAUAAUAAUAAUAAUAUACCAGAUGCAGUGGUGGCUGGUGAUGAUACUAUAGUACAAGGUGUAGUAAAUAGACUAAAAAUAAUGAAUACCACGAAUCAAAUUAUUUAUUUGCUGAUACGAUCAGAGAGUGCAUUCGAAGAGUACCCAGAUCAAUUGGCAGCGAAAGCACAGAAAGGCAGUGUCGAGGGCAAUCAAUCGACCGUCUACGAGACCGACUUAUCAACCGAGGCCAAUGCCUCAGAUUCAAACAAUCACACAUCAAUCGCGCCAGACAGGGACUACCUAGAUAUUUCAAUGCACGAUAUGUAG